AUGGCGGUCGGCGCGGUCGUCCUCGCGGCCAUCGCCGGCGUCUGGCACACAGGGCUCCUGGAGCCUUACUACCACGCACUCCUCCAUGGCGAUGCGCCCGAUGCCACGUACUACGAGGUGCUACGCGUCGCUCCGACAGCAUCCGCCAGCGAGAUCGCGGCGGCCUAUCGGUCGCUGUCGCGCGAGUACCAUCCCGACAAGACCAAGUCUCUCUCGCCUGCGAUGCGCGACGCGCACACGCAAGCAUUCUACCGCGUCGCCGCGGCGUACGAAACAUUGUCCCACGACGACCGCCGACGAGACUACAAUCGCCAGCUACACCAAGUCUCCAAGCCGCCGUCCAUGACGUGGCAGUCGCGCGUCCAUCUCUGGUGGUGGCAGCUGUGGUAUUCCAUGUCGUUUGAAACCGGCGGCUACAUCGUGUGUGGCCUCGGCCUCGUCACGAUUCUCUGCGAGUACGUGCUGGCUCCCAUCCAGCAGCGCGUCUUCCGCUACCGCUACCCACCGUCGAAUCCGGAUUUGCAGCAGCCUGGCUCGAGCCUAUACGAAGCCCGCCUGCGGCUCCAAGCCAAGUACGAUGCCGACGCGCAGCGCCAUUUGCACCACCGACGGGCGACACGAGUGCGUUAA